UCAAAAUGAAAAGGAAUAUAUUAUCAAAAUAGCGUGAAUAUAUUGAAUCGGUAUUGCAUUAUUCAUAAAAGAUUGACCUUCAUAUGUUUGUUCUUUCGUCUGCAUUUAACAUGAGUUCUUUCCUAUGUUUCUUCAUGGUUGUUAACCUCUGCGAAUUGUUUCAAGCAAGACUUGUAGACUCGACCUACGUUGGCAUACUACUGGACCCGAAGUGGGACGAAAAGGAGUUGGAUUUAAACUCCUUCACAGGGGAAAUGAAGCCAUUGGUACUACCGACUAGCCGAAAAGGCUUUCGUCAACUUUUUGACGAAAACUGUAAAACACUUAUCAGAGAAAAAGCGGUUGGACUUAUCGGACCUGGAAUAGGGACAAUAGGAGGAAUUGGAUCUCAACUUGCCGAGUCUUUGUCAAUUCCUUUUAUCGGUUGUAGCGGUUCUUCGCUAACAGUGCAAUCACACGGAAUCAACAUGCUGCCCCAAAGUGCAACGCGUGCCGAGGCUGUGGUCGGCCUCGCAUCCGAAAUGGGGCAUCCGUGCAUCGUGGCAUUCAGCUCAAACAAAGCCUCCCUGGCCAUAUCCUCCCUCAGAAAAAACGCUCAAGAGCGCGUCAUAUCCUUUAAGCUCUUUGAUUUGGUCAGCGGACGUUCACCUGAGUCCGAGAUCUUCCAAAUCUCCAAGGAGAUUUUGUCAAUCAAUAAGAGCGGGUCUUGCGUUGUUGUACUCGAUUGUGUGCUCUCUAUGGCAAAGCUCAUCUUUCAAGCUUCUUCUUCGUUCGGAAUUCCGACUUCUACGUUUGUUUGGGUGUUGUUUCGAGAGGAAUACAUGACUAACGAAGCCUUGGACACAGCCUUCCCGGUCGGAGUUCUUGGGAUCCGCAAAGCUUACAAGUGGCCGGACCUGGUCUAUGACGCAAUAAUGCUUUUCAAUCAAACCUUUGAGAGAGAAUGGCUGAGAGUAGGCGGGGCAUCUGGUAGAACGUGUGAGCAGCCCGGGUCGCCGUGGAUCGACCGCAAAAGCUUUCACACGAAAAUGAUUCAGGAAAACGUCACUGGGAAAACAGGUCCAGUGCGUUUCAACAUUAACGGCGAAAGAACAAGCACUAUUUACGAAAUUGUGAAAACUGUGCGAAACUCAAGUGGACUCAUUGAAUGGGAGCGGGUGGGAAAAGCGAUGAAUACAGAAGUUCGUCUGGACAGCAAGUUUUGGACAAAGACUUUUGACACCUCGAACACUUCAAACUUCAUCCGGAUGGUGACUACUCCCGAGGACCCGCUUGUGAUUGUUAGCAAGGAUAACGUGGCGGAGAAUGAAGAGUGCGUGUUGUCACAUCUGUGCGUUCGCUACAAAAGGACCAAAGACCCUGUUAAGAACACCACAAAAGUGGAGGUCGUACGAAGUUGCUGUAUUGGAUACGUAAUUGACGUAUUGACUCUCUUAGAAAUGGAUCUGGGGGUGACGGCCGAGUUGUACUUUGUUGAAGACGGUCUUUACGGAGCUUUUGACCCGGAGACGAAAACAUGGAAUGGAAUGAUUAAUGAGCUUGUACAGGGAAAAGCGGAUAUGGCUUUGACAACUUUGACGAUUCUGGAAGCUAGACAACGCGUUGUUGACUUUUCCAAUGCGUUUUUAUACGGAGAGACCAAACUUAUGCUCCAUUACUCCAAGGAUAAACAAAUGGACGACAUUGAGUUCGGGUUUCUAAAUCCAUUUGAUACAAACCUUUGGCUUGUUUUGCUUGCAACCGUGAACGUCAUUCUUCUCAUUGUGUGGUCGUUAGAUCAUUAUAGUCCGUAUGGUCACUAUAAGACAGGCUAUGCCCGGUUGAGGUUCUUGUUUGACGUGCCUGCCUGUAUGUCCUAUAUAUACAGCACCGUGUUUAAGCUCCAGUUAGACAAUGUCACACCGAGAAGCAACAGUGCACGCGCGGUGUCUGCUGUUUUUUCGUUCGGUACGCUCAUCUUAGCGUCGACUUACACGGCUAAUCUCGCUGCUUCAUUGGUUAAUACAGACGAGUUCCUUGCUGUCAAAAGUAUACACGAUAAAAAGUUCACAGAUCCAAACACAAACUUCAAGUUCGCCACGCUGCUAAGCAGUAGUACAGAAAUGCUUUUUUCAAGAAGUACAGACCCAGCCUUCAAGAGGGUCUACGAAAACAUGAAGAAACAUCAGGUUAAGAGUUUCCCCGAAGCAGUACGAAAACUACGUAACGGCGAACUGGAUGUGUUCAUCGACGACUCCCCCUUCCUCGACUUGACAGCGAGCAAACAGCCGGACUGUUCUUUCCGCAUAGUUGGACGACCGAUCAGCAUGCAAGGAUAUGGCGUAGCCUUCCAAAAGGGGUCUCGCUGGACCCAGCCCAUCUCGCAACUGAUGCUCAAAUACGACCGGCGAGACUUCUUCCGAAAGAUAACACAGAAAUGGUUCGCAGGCGUUUGUAAGGAGUCUCAGACAAGCGCCGCAAAGGCAGAAGCGAUGGAUAUUAAACAGUUCACGGGGCUAUUCUAUUUCUGUCUAGGGGCGUCGUUGAUUUGCGCGAUACUUCUUGUGGUAGAAUUUAUUCUUCAUAAGUUCCGUCGAAGAAAGUUAGUGAAAUACAGAAUUGACAAGGUCCAUACUGCGAUGGGUUUUCCGACUAGAGAAUCCUUUGUGCUAAAGAAUGGACAUUUGACGCUUUCAAAUUUAGCCAGAGUGCAGUUUACUGACGAGAACUCUAUACAUAGUCAAGAAACACAGGAGACUGCUAGCCUGUAACGAGCAGGUUUUUUUUUAUAAAAUAAUGAUUAUUCAUUCAUUUUCCUUUUAAAAAGGGGAUAUUUUAUAUAACAAAAUUCUAUAACAAAAAGUAAGAAUUUAAUUUUCUUAUCAAAUGCGGUUUCUGCAAUAUGCUAAUAUUUUAUUAUGGAGCCCAACGUUUUUAAGUUAAAACCCAAAAUAUCACAGAAUACUUUAAAAAGAUCUCCAUAAAACAUCGCACAGAAAUACCCUUUCUUGUACUUACACUCAUGGGGGGACUGGUGUAUGAAGUAAUUCUUAUCCACACACAACAAUAUUCAUAAUGUAAGACGUAAAUAAAGGUUAAGAUGUGAAUGA